CGAAGCCAAGGAGAUGCCAUUUUGCUCGAGGGCACUGCCAAAGCCUGUCAGCUGCGGCCAUGUUAAUGCGGGGCAGUCCCAUCUCUUUGAGGGGCGCGACAGCGAGGUCCUGGAAAAGAAACGGGUAAAGGGAAGGAAGGAACCCCAUGAAGUGAAAACGAUUAUAUCCUCUUUAAAGAGAAAACUGCAGUAUUGAGGGACAGGGCUGCUGUCGGGGGUGGAGAUUUCUUGGACUGACGAUCAUCAAAUGGAAAAGAAGUUUCUCCCUCUGUAACUAAGGAAAUGAAUUUGUUAAGAAUUGAAGGUGGAACGAGGAAAAUCUGUGAACAGAGGACCCACCCUCCCCCCCUACUGGUCGGAGCCUCCCAUUGCUGCAGGAGAGAUGAAGGUCAGAGCAGCCGAGGGACCGAAGGAGCCCCGGUCUGAGAGGGGCGGGGCUUCUGUCGUGGGAGGAGCCAAGGCCCUGCCCCCUUCCAUAGGGCGAGUCAUUUCCGUCCGCCGAGGAACAGAGAAAGCAGCCGGCGGAGUUGCGGGCAGAGAGCCUCGGGCAGGAAUUCCCUGGUCGCAAGUGGCAAGUGAGCCCCGCCUGGGCACGGCUGGUGCCCGGGAUGGCCGAGGUGGAGGCCCAGGGCAGCCUGUGGCUGGAGAGUCCCCCUGGGGGCGCGCCCCCCAUCUUCCUGCCCUCGGACGGGCAAGUCCUUGUCCUGGGCCGGGGACCCUUGACCCAGGUUACGGACCGGAAGUGCUCCAGAAACCAAGUGGAGCUGGUCGCAGACCCCGGGACCAAGACCGUGGCAGUGAAACAGCUGGGAAUUAACCCCUCAACUGCUGGGACGCAGGAGCUAACUCCUGGGUCAGAAGGUUCUCUGAGUGUGGGGGACACACUGUAUUUGGUCAACGGCCUCCACCCACUAACGCUGCGCUGGGAAGAGGUCUGCACGCCUGAAUCCCAGCAAGACACUCUGCCCGGCACCCCUCCGGUGGCUCCAGACGUGGCAGAGGAUGUUGAGCCGCAGAAAAAGCGGAUGCGGAAGUCCUCCCCCGGCUGGGAGAAGUUCGAGAAGCUGCUAGUGUUUACUGCACCUGGGGUGAAGCCCCGCAGCAAGGUGGCCGGCUUUGAUCUGGAUGGGACCCUCAUCACCACACGCUCUGGGAAGGUCUUUCCCACUGGCCCCAGCGACUGGAGGAUCUUGUACCUCGAGAUUCCGCGUAAGCUCCGGGAGCUGGAUGCUGAGGGCUACAAGCUGGUGAUCUUCACCAACCAGAUGGCCAUUGGGCGUGGGAAGCUGCCGGCAGAGGAGUUCAAGGCCAAGGUGGAGGCUGUGGUGGAGAAGCUGGGGCUCCCCUUUCAGGUGCUGGUGGCCACACACGCCGGCUUGUACCGGAAGCCGGUGAUCGGCAUGUGGGACCAUCUGCAGGAGCAGGCCAACGAGGGUGUGCCCAUCUCCAUCAGGGACAGUGUCUUCGUGGGAGAUGCAGCUGGACGCCCAGCCAACUGGGCCCCUGGGCGGAAGAAGAAAGACUUCUCUUGUGCAGACCGUCUGUUUGCGCUCAACCUUGGCCUGCCCUUCGCCACACCAGAGGAGUUCUUUCUGAAGUGGCCCGUCGCCAGCUUCGUGCUCCCCACCUUUGACCCGAGAACCGUCUCUCCCUCGGGGCCGCUCUACCUCCCUGAGUCCAGCUCCCUCUUGAGCUCCGACCCUGAAGUGGUGGUCGCCGUGGGAUUUCCUGGGGCUGGCAAGUCCACCUUCCUCCAGGAGCACCUCGUGUCGGCAGGCUACGUCCACGUGAACAGGGACACGCUGGGCUCGUGGCAGCGCUGUGUGACCAUGUGCGAGACGGCUCUAAAGCAAAGGAAACGGGUCGUGAUCGACAACACCAACCCAGACCCUCCGAGCCGGGCCAGGUACAUUAAGUGUGCCCGGGACGCGGGGGUCCCCUGCCGCUGCUUCCUCUUCACGGCCACCCUGGAGCAGGCCCGGCACAACAACCGGUUCCGGGAGAUGAUGGGCUCCCCGCACGCCCCCGUGUCCGACGUGGUCAUGUACGGCUACAGGAAGCAGUUUGAGGCCCCGACUCUGGCGGAAGGAUUCUCGGCGCUCCUGCAAAUCCCGUUCCGGCUGAACCUGGAGCCUCGGCUCAAGCAGCUGUACUGCCAGUUCUCGGAGGGCUGAGCGACCCCCGCCCGCCCAUCCCC